AUGGGUAAAGAUUAUUAUAAAAUUCUUGGUGUCGAUAAAAAUGCAGACGAAGAAGAACUUAAGAAAGCCUAUAGGAAGCAUCAAGGUAGUGCCGAUAAAGAGGCCGCGGAGAAAAAGUUUAAAGAAAUUAGUGAAGCAUAUGAAGUGCUUAGCGAUAAAAAUAAACGCCAAAUUUAUGACGCAUAUGGUGAAGAAGGUUUGAAAGGUGCUCCUCCGCCUGAUGCGGGUGGUGCAUUUCCCGGCGGCUUCCAAGGUUUUCCCGGUGGUACCACCUUUACAUUCAGAACAGGUCCUGGCGGUUUCACCCCGACUGAUCCAAAUUCCAUCUUCAACAAUUUCUUUUCUCAAUUUGGAGGUGUUGACGAUGAUGAUCCUUUUGGUAAAUUCCCUUCGUUUUCGAGAGGUCGAUCUGCAGGAGAUUUUGGCGACUUAUUCGGUCGAUCUCGUGGCGAGGGUAGAGGUCUAUCUGAAGUCAAACAUCAUUUAUCCUUUACACUUGAGGAAUUAUAUAAGGGAACUACAAAAAAACUCAAAGUUUCCCGAAAAUUAUAUGACAGCGCAUCAGGUCAACACGUUCCCACUGAUAAAAUCAUAGAAGUUAAUGUUAGACCAGGGUUAAAAGCUGGAACGAAAUUCCGAUAUAGUAAAGCUGGAGAUGAGUUACCAUCUGGAGAAACACAAGAUAUUGUAGUAGUUGUAGAUGAAAAACCGCAUCCGAUAUUUACUCGUGACAGCGAUGAUCUACGUACUGUCAUAAAAAUAUCUUUACUAGAGGCUCUCGUAGGCUUUAAGAAACAAAUCCAAACGCUGGAUGGUAGGCCCCUAAACAUAUCGAGCAGCUCAGUUAUAAGACCGGGUCAAGAGCAGAGGGUUCCAAAUGAAGGGAUGCCGACAAAAGAUCCGAAUAAAAAAGGCGAUCUAAUUGUAAAAUAUGAAGUUAUGUUCCCUUCAAGAUUAACCGAAGACAAAAAGAAAGAGCUCAGGAAGAUUCUUGCUAAUGUCUAA